AUGUUCUACACGACCCUCUAUGUAUUGGCAGUAGCCCCCUCCCUUGCACGAGCGGCUAUCUGCGCCUUUGAUGAUGACAACUGUGACUCUUCAUAUUCUCCCGGCACUUACUUCGGUAUCGCAGCAGCAGUCUUCUGCCUCAUCUUUCUACUGCUCGUCUGCUCCGUAAUUGCUCGUCGAAGGAGGAUGCGCCGCAACAAGACGUUCAUGCAGAUGCAAACCGGAGGCGCUACAGCACUCGGACCAAAUCCCCGUCCAGCGUACUCUCAGCCGUUCUACGCGCCAUGGAACCGACCAACAGUCCCCCCAUCUGCUGACGUCAAUUCGCCCUACUUCCAACCCGCACCUCCCUACGAGCCGCCUCAGACACCCCUUGCGCCCGGAGUCAACGAGCCUUCAUAUCCUCCACCAUCUUACAAGCAGCCGCUGUAA